CUCACAGAGAGAUCUGCGUUACUGACGCAUCAGUGCGCGUCAGUAACACUCGGUUGAUGUGAUGUGCGAUAAGAGAGAACACACAGCGGCUGAUAAGUGAAAUAUUAAUCAAACGCGAAGAGGUUUUUUUUUUUUUUAAUAAACAGAGGAGCACACCGCUUCAGGAGCAGAGCUCAGAAGUUGACUUCAAGUAAAGGUACAUCACAAAGUUCCCAAGGAACCUCAUAAACGCUCAUCCACAUCUCUAUCAGUGUUUCAACAGAAUGCAGAGGAUGAAGUCAGUGUGGCUGGUGAUUCUGCUCCUGAUAGGCUGCUGUUGGGCUUCCCGUUUCACUCGUGAUUCAACCCAAGUUGUUCCCAAUCAGGAGGUAGAGAGCACAGCCUGGAAUGGCUCCAAUGUAGAGCAGUCUGGGUCAAGGAACUCACCCCGCAUCCCAUUCCCACCUAUGUGCAUCAGACCUAGUGAGAUCAAGCACACGUUUAAGUACAUCAACACCAUCAUAUCCUGCUUGAUUUUUGUGGUGGGCAUCAUUGGAAACUCAACACUGUUGCGUAUCAUCUACAAGAACAAGUGUAUGAGGAAUGGGCCAAAUGUGCUUAUUGGCAGCUUAGCUUUAGGAGAUCUUCUCUACAUCCUCAUUGCCAUCCCUAUCAACGUGUUUAAGUUGCUGGCAGAAGACUGGCCAUUUGGGGUGUAUAUCUGCAAGCUCAUGCCAUUCAUCCAGAAAGCCUCAGUGGGCAUCACAGUUCUUAGCUUGUGCGCCCUCAGCAUUGACAGAUAUCAUGCUGUGACCUCAUGGAGCCGAGUGAAGGGGAUGGGGAUUCCAUUAUGGAAAGCUGUGCAAGUAACACUCAUCUGGCUACUGUCAGUGAUCUUAGCAGUGCCUGAGGCUUUGGCAUUUGACAUAAUGGAGACAUUUUACAGGGGCCAGAAACUAAGGGUGUGCUUGCUUCAUCCUGUACAGACCACACAGUUCCUGCAGUUUUAUCAGGAUAUAAAGGACUGGUGGUUGUUUGGCUUUUACUUUUGUUUACCACUGGCCUGCACUGGUGUAUUCUAUACCCUUAUGUCAUGUGAGAUGCUGAAAAGGAAGAAAGGAAUGCGCAUUGCCCUCAAUGAUCAUAUGAAGCAGCGACGGGAAGUGGCUAAAACAGUAUUCUGCCUCGUGGUAGUUUUUGCUCUCUGCUGGCUGCCCCUGCAUCUUAGCCGCAUCCUGAAAAAAACUAUCUACAAUCCAAAUGACACCAACCGCUGUGAGCUCCUAAGCUUUCUUCUUGUGAUGGACUACAUCGGCAUCAACAUGGCCUCCCUCAACUCAUGCAUCAACCCUGUGGCUCUCUACUUUGUCAGUCAGAAGUUCAAAAAUUGUUUCAAGUCAUGCCUCUGUUGCUGGUGCCAGAGGAACUCUCCAGCCAUUGAGCAGGGCUCAGGAGUCCGCUGGAAAGGGUCGAGUCAUGGUAACGGUCUAGAUCGAUCCAGCUCACGGUCUAGUCAAAAGUAUAGUUCCUCCUAAAUAUUCAAUGAUACCCAAGCUUAUUGGGCUAAGCAGCAACCAGGUUUGCCCUCAGUAACACACCAUCGAUUCCUGUAAUUCCUGAGGACUCAAAUUGCCAUUGAUUCUCAUCAUACUUCCACUUCAAAGCUAUAGACUGGACCAGGACAACUAAGCAGAGUUACCAAAUAUUUUCUGAUCAAGAUUUCCAUCAUAAAGAACACAUUUACAGGUUAAAUCACAGACUGGUUGAGUGUUGUAAGUUAUCUAAGUCAUUUGUGGCCCAUGCAGGCUGGAUCCUGAAGGUCUAUAUAUAGUAUUGCCACUGGAUGGCUCCACUUUAAAGGACAUUAGGGGCCCAUGAUGAGACUGAAAUACUGAGACUGCUCUGGAGUGAGAGGAAAGCUCCAUGAGUUUCUGGUGUCAAUCUUUACUUUAGACAAAGCUUAGGAGCGUCCAUAAAACAAAGUGUUACUAGUGGAACAGCACCAAUGAUAUCUGCUUGUACUAAUAUUACUUGUAGAAAUAAUGACUCAUAAAAGAACGUACUGUGUAAAACACUACCUGUAACACGGAGAUCAAUGGCACAAGCAGUAUUAUGAUAGUAUUUUAGGAAGUUAUAACACAGAUCUGUAAUGAACAUGACUCGCUGCAGUGAUCAUCUGCAUCAAUCUCACCUACAUGGCAUUGUAACUGAUUUGCCUAUGACUAAAGGAAAUGUGUAGACUACUGGAUCUAAGCGAGGUACCUCUUUCCAAGUUCUUUCAACAUGGGAGUCCAGUGAAAGAAUCAAAGGUGAUGUUAUUACACUGAUUUGGAGUAAAAUACCACUGACACAUCCUAAGUGAAAAGAUGAAUAUCACUGAAUAUAUAAUGGAACAUUCUUAUUUCUGUAUAUAAUAGAACAGUUGCCUCUAGCCAUAGUGAUGGUGGUGAAUAAGAAAGACAAUGAAUCAUGCUUAUAUUACCUCUUGUCCUGUUACAUUUUCCUGUGGAUAUAGUUUCUGUACAUGUUCACGACACACAUACAGGAUUAUUCCACUGCAACAUCCAUUGCAUCAUCUCAUUUCAAAUGGAAAAUGCAUUGUUUUAAUACUUGGAUUUAUUUAUUAUUUAAAUUUUUGCAGAGAGAUACUAGCAUCUCUGUUUUAGCCAUAGCAUUUAUGACUUCCUUCUUAUGCCCAUAUGGGAAACACCUUUUUUUUUUUUUGCUUGUGCAGUAGACUGAGCAGAAUUGACCCAGCAGAAAAAUCAAGUGACUGAACAGGAAAUGAAGUGGGAUGGGAAAGGCUCAUUUGCUUCUUGUAGCAGUUACUUUUGUUCGUGCCAACUUUAUCUAGGUGAACUUUGACCUGUGAAUUCAUGAAGCUCUCUGUUGUGAGACAAAAAGAAAAAAAGGGUGGGACUAUAGUCUGUUUGGUCAGAUAAAAAUUGCGGAGCUGCUUUUUAUUACAUAGUUCACACACUGAACUUUCACCUAGUGUUGUAGUCAUGACCAAGACCAGAGUGUAUUGAGACCAAAACAAGACCAAGACUUUGAGGGGCUGAGACCAAGUCAAGACCAAAGCAGGAGAAGACCAAGUCAAGACCAGGACCAGACCAGUGGGUGUGAAGGGGGCGGGGAGUGGUGACAGCCAUGAAUAGUAAUGAAAAUUUUGAAUUAGCAGUGAGUCACGUUAUUGGUUGCAUUUGAAGCAGGAAAUUUUACAUCCAAUCACAGUAAUGAUGUUAACAAAUAACUCCGACAAUGCACAGGAAAUUUAGUGAAAUUCCCACAGUUGUAGUCUUGACCAGUCUUGAAAUAAAAUCCCAAGUCCUCUAGGUCGGAAACUGAGACAAGACCAAGUAAAAAUGUGGUCAAUUCCAAGAUGAGACUGAGACCUUCAAAAGGUGGUCUUGACACAGGUUUCAAGUACUACAACACUACUUUCACCUCUUUUCUGCUUUCCCAUGGAAAAAAAAUAGUUAACGAGCUGAUGUUGUCCCAGUCAACAGCUACAGUCUUUUCAAAAUCACAUGCCAUCAGGACUGCCUGUGAUCACCUGAUUUUGAAUCAUGGGUGAGAGAGAAAAAAAUAGUGGCAGUGACCCAACCAACAUUGUUCUGAUCCCUGUGACUUGAUGGCAUCAUGUGAUCAGCUGUUUAUGCCCAAACAAAAAAUAAAUUAAACUAAAAAUUCACUGUAUGCAAAAAGGUGGAAAUGUGCUUUUGCAUUUCUGCAUCAACAGACAGAGCACAGGGUGCUUGUGAUGUAUGCUGCAUUUAAUAUAGUCUUUCAGUAUGUAGGCUAAACAAUUUCAUUUGUUUAUUCUUUCAUUUUUUAAACUUAAUAAGGAAAAUAUAUCAAUAUAUUUAUUCCACACAUUAUCUACUCAGUUUCCAACUCAGCACUGAUGAACUACUAAUACUAGUCUGCCUUAACCUGACAUUUGUCUUCAUUGUUAAACCAUUCUAUACUAUUUACAUAUAUUUGAUGUAUUUACUUUUACCAUUGUGUACGUUUUCAUUCCUUGUAAAAGUUUUUUUUUGUUAGUAACAAGGCUUUUAUAUUGUACCUACAUACUGUCAAAUAUGCUGCAAUAAAUGCUGAUUUAUCAUA